CGACCCCAUUAUUUCCUAACGGAGUGCUCGCUGAUAAUAACGCGCCAGUGUUGGGAACAGCGGAGAGAGCCGCGGAUGCUAAGUUCUUAGAUCGUAGCAGUAGAGACUAGAGACUAGAGGCUAGAGAGAGUGGGAGAGACACGAACUGCUCAGCUGGCGCACAUGCUAUUCCACGGCGGCGGAGGCGGCGGUGGCCGUGGCGGCGCCGCCGCGGCCGCGGCGAGGAUGCUGGUGAGGUAUUUCUCGAGGAAGCGGGGCCAGGACGUGCGGCGGAUAAACCCUAAGGUGCCGAGGGAGGAGGCGUCGGAGAUCUCCAAGGGACUCUACCAGAUCGUCAAGGAUCACGGGCCCCUCACCGUCGCCAACACCUGGAACUUCGCCAAGGAUGCAAGUAUUAAUGGCUUAAACAGCAAAACCCACAUGAAGAUAAUGCUCAAAUGGAUGACAGGUCGAAAGAUGCUGAAGCUGUCAUGUACCCACAUUGGCUCUUCCAAAAAGUUCCUUUAUUCGAGUCUUCCUGAAGAUCCGAAGGCUGCUCAACCGACGACUCCUUUGCCAGUAACUGAGACCUUGAAAAUUUCAGUACAGGGUAAGAAGGCGAGGAGGCCGAAUCCACCCCCACCCAAAAAAGGAGGUGAAGCUUUAUGUUGAUCUUAUAUAACAAGCUUAUAUUCUUAGCUUUCAUGUUGGUUUUGAAUUUUCUUAUUUGAGAGGGAAGCCACUGUUAAAUUUUCAUGUUGAAUCUCACUUGAAAGCAUUGAUGAACUUCUGCAUGGAUGAUUUUGAUAUGGCCCUGUUGAUGAUCAUUGUGGUAUUUUAAUGUUGUUCUUCUGGAUGA